AUGACUAAAACUGAUUGUCCAGUGGAUCCUGACUCUGCUUCCUCUCUUGCAGUGCGUUACUUACUGAGGAACAGCGUGGAUCCCAAUCUCUGCAAUGAUGACGGCUUGACUGCAUUGCAUCAGUGCUGCAUAGAUAACUACGAAGAGAUCGCAAAGAUCCUCCUGAACCGCGGGGCCAACGUCAACGCGCAGGACAACGAGCUGUGGACCCCCCUCCACGCCGCGGCCACCUGCGGCCACGCCAGCCUGGUCGAGCUCCUCAUCCAGCAGGGCGCUGACCUGUUGGCGGUGAACUCGGAUGGCAACAUGCCUUAUGACCUGUGUGAGGAUGACCCCACCCUUGACAUCAUCGAGAUGGCCAUGGCCAAUCGAGGGAUCACUCAGGAAAUGAUCAACGAGGUGCGGGUGGCGGUGGAGAAGCGCAUGGUCUCAGACAUCCAGGAGCUGCUGCAGAGCCACCAGGACCUCAGCAAGACAGACGAGCAGGGGGUCACACUGCUCCACAUAGCUGCAGCGAAUGGCUACAUCCAGGCUGCAGAACUUCUCUUGGAGCAGGGAGCCCGGGUGGAUAUCAGAGACUUCGACGGGUGGCUGCCACUCCAUGCUGCAGCCUGCUGGGGGCAGAUACAGGUGGCUGAGUUGUUGGUUUCCCAUGGAGCCAGUCUGAACGCCAAAACCUACCUGGAUGAGACUCCUAUCGACCUGUGUGAGGACGAGGAGUUGAAAACCAUGCUCCUGGACCUGAAGCACAAGCAUGACAUCAUCAUGAAGUCCCAGCUCACACACAAGACUUCUCUGUGUCGGAGGACCUCCAGUGCAGGCAGCCGGGGGAAGGUGGUGCGCAGGGCCAGUAUCUCCGAUCGCAACAAUCUCUACAGAAAGGAGUACGAGACUGAGGCCAUUGUGUGGCUGGGGGGAAAGAAGCCACCCAGGGAGGGGGAUGAGCAGGAGAGAGAGUCAGAUCAGGAGAACACCGUUCCGAAAGUAAUGCCAGAGAAGACCCCCAAGCCAGCCAAAGAGCAGAAACCUGCUGACAGCACUACGAACGGGAAGAUCUCCUUAUCCAGCACCUCCACACACCCCCCUUGCAAUGGAGACGCCCCCAGGAGCCCCUCGACCCCAGAGCCCCCCAGCUCCCUCACAGACCCCUGGGCUGCCUACAACGAGCGGAGCCACCAGACCCUGGCGGAGCUGAAGAGGCAGAGAGCCGCCACCAAGCUGCUCAGCCACCCGCUGCUCAACGGUCACCUCGCCAACGGGACCAGCCCGGCUGAGUCACGCCUCCCCCUGGUCUCCUCCAACGGGAGCACGGUUUAUUACACAGUGACCAGCGGGGACCCGCCCCUUCUGAGACUCAAGCAGCCAGUGGAGGAGGUCAAUGAGAAGACACAGGGCUGCUGUACCAUUUCGUAGCGGUCAGCUUGCAGGGUAGAGGAUUCCAAGUGAUGUCACACAAGGGGGCGGGGUGGGCAGACAUUCUGUACAGGGUCUGAAGCAAGUCACACUGCAGGUCAUUGUCUGGUCAUUCUCCUUAAAGAACACUGCAGCUUUGAGGAUGGGUAGUUGAUAUGAGCUGAGGUCAAAACACCUAGUGACCACCACAAACCUGCUGUCUGUCACUGGGAUGAUAUGUAGAGUACAGGGAUUCCAUUACUUCAUUCUCAUCUUCAGCGAGGUUUCAAAGCACAAAACAUGCCAAUGAAUUCAAUUAUUCAUAGAGCAGCAGGUCUGAGAAAUCAAAGGAUUUAGAGACACAGAGCUAAAACCAAGCUUCACCUGAUCUGAAUCCCAGCUAGAAGCCAAAUACACAUUUAUUGUCUGUGCUUCAGAAAUUAUGUAUUAAGCAAAAAAUAAUCGUGAUGUGACUGGACACAGCAAUGGCCUGGAAAUGUUAAAUGUUGAAGCCUGGUCUUUAUCUCUUUCAAACAUGCAGGCUGGUGGGCAGGUAGACGGGGAGUAAAGAUCUGAGACACUGGCAGAGAACCUGAGCUGGCACUCUAACCGCUGAACCACGUGUGAAUAUUGUAAAUCUUACUGUACAAAGCUGUAAAUAUGUUAUUCAUUUUUUAUGUAAAUGCUUAAAUUAUCUGUAGUUUACCACAGCUGUCAAUAUUUUCGAUCUAUAUUUGUAUAAAUAUUUUGUAAAUAUAUCUAUAUCUAGUGUUACAGACAGUGUCAGGUCAGUAGUGCAGUUCUGCUUUCAUUCAGAUUAGCUGAAAGCCCCUCUCCUAGCCCUGAAGCACAGAGAGUCAGUGUUAGCAUGCUGCACUAUUGCAAAUAGGUACCGCAGUGCACAGAACUGUAUUUACUCCUGCAUGCUCUAGGCUAAUCCAGUGAGACUUAUUAAAUUACAAUGCUUCUCUUCAUCAAUACUGUUAGAGAUGUGUAAGAGGUGCAGCGUUAUACAGACCCAAUGCUAUCUGCAGAACUGGUCAGCUACCCCCUGCCCAUCAUCAUGCAUGGUCAACUGACUUUACGCCUUCACUAACAAAAGUGAAUUGACCCAUUAAGGGGGCAAGGAUGACCCUGCCAUUUCUCAUGAUAUGCAAGUGUUGAGGUUCUGUUGGAACAGAAGACAAACUGCACUUCAAAGCAGCCAGAGGGCAGUACAUCCUUUAAACUGAGAUGUAAAAGAAAUGACAUGUCUUAAAUGACAUUCUCAAAACGUGGAGCUAGUAAGUUAGAUGGUGUGUUUGGACCUCCUCUUCAUAAAGGUGGUUCAGUUUGUGUUUCAUAAACCACAGACGCAUACCGGCUACCCUCUUUAUUUCAAGAAAUCCGCGCUCCAUUCCAGAACAUUCUGUCAGUUCUAAAGACAAUGCAGAGAACGCUGGAAUUAGGAGAGACAUUCUAGGGCAUCUUAACCAAGCAAGAUCAUGAGGAGGAGCAGCUAUAUUGCAACUGAGUAGUGUAGUACAAAGCACUGGCAGGUUCAUCGUUGGCAGGUAAUUACUGUACAGUGAUUAGUGCAAUGUGUUUUCACCCAGAUUUCAUACCAUGACUGAUGUCAAGGUAUUGUGAGGGUUUCUGCUUCCGGAGGGUGUCUAUCCUGGUACUUGUGCACACCGGUAUGUGAUCGUAUGGGGCUGAUUAAAGUGACAAAGAGGAGUUGGAACUACUGAUUUUGUAAGUACUGGGAAAUGAUGGUUGUAUCAACGGAUUUUAAAUAAAUUGUAUAUUUUGUU